AUGAUGGUAAUGGUUCUCUCAGUGUAUGGAUUGGACUCUCAUUUGCAGCCUGAGAUACAGGCACCGCUGAGAGCAGAGCCAUUUGCAUGGAGCACAUCGACUGCCAAUUCAGAGCAGAAAGCAGUACCAUACUACACCUUCGACGGCGAAGGCUUCCCAGCCUGCAACGCCGUAUCCGCAGUAUACGACCCCCGCAACGUGGACGAAAUGGUCCAGAUCGUUCAACAAGCCGUGAAAUCCAACACCCCGGUUCGCGCUUCCGGAAAAGGCCAUAUGUGGUACGACACGAUGUGCACGGACGAUCCCAACACCAUAAUCAUCCGCACUGAGAACGUCAAUGGCAUUUACGACUUUGAUCUGGAAGCAGGCUCGGUCAUGAUAGAAGCUGGCGUCACGUUUUUCCAGCUCGCCGAGUACCUUCACGCUCGUGGAGCUUCGGUCGGUUACGCACUAGUGAACUGGAACAUCACUCUUGCUGGCUCUGUGGCAAUGGGAGCCCAUCGGUCCUCGUUAAGGGAAGAUUCGAUGGUCGCCGCUGGGGCGCUGGAGAUUCACAUCAUCGAUGGGUCUGGGAGUUUGAGGAAGGUGGUCCGAGAUGAGACCGAUGAUGAGUGGCUUGCCGCCUCAACGUCGCUGGGACUUCUAGGGCCGAUUGCGAGGAUGAAGUUUAGAAUCUUUCCUGAUUUCAAGGUUUAUGCUAAGCAGGAAACUCUGGACGAAGAUGAGGUGCUUGAUGGCGAUAUCUACGCACUCAUCAGCCCUUAUGCUACUGCAAACUUCUGGUGGUGGCCGUAUCUCCGCAAAUUCCACUACCGCUACUACGACCCAGUCCCGACGAACACCUCUAACCAAGAGGGCUUCCAAUCCACCUUCUCUUUGACGCGCACAGAAGCCAACACCGCACUCUCCCUUCUAAACUCCGGCAAAUAUUUUGCUUCCUCCAACCGAGCCAUCGAACGCCUCUUCUUCACCCUCUGGAACCCCCCAAAUUUCCAUGACAAGAUCACUGACAAAGCCAUCAUGGCCUGGCCCGUCUACGGCUGGGACUACGAUGUUCUGAUCGGUGGCCUUUACCCGGGCUACGGCACCGAGUGGGACUUUGGGCUGCGCGGCUACACGCUCGAGCUCGCCUUUCCUGUCACGCAAGCCAAUGCGGUGCUCAAGCGCGUCCGGCAAGCGUUCGAUGACGAAGCCACCAAGGGCAUCGUCAUGACGAGCACGUACCGCAGCGGCAUCAACAUCAAGUUCGGGAAAGCAUAUUUUGAUUUCUUGGGGCAGGUGACGUAUAAUACGAGCGAUGGGGCGGAUUGGAGUAAGGGGGCGAUGAUGUUUGAUUUCCCUAGCUUCAAACCCAGUGUAGGUGAUGGGUUGAGGUUCAAUGAGCCGUUUUAUCACGCGUUGGCGAAGACCCUUAUCGACGAGUUUCCCUGUCGCCCGCAUUGGACCAAGAACACGAGAGAUGUCUUUCGGCAGGCGGUGAAGCAUCUCGACCCGGGAUACCUGAAGCGGUUCAAGGCGGUGAGGGAAAAGUUCGACCCGAAGGGGUUGUUCAUGAGUGUUGUUGGGGAGAUCAUUGGGGUCUUGUAA